AUGUCGGCAGAAAAGAGCAACACCGCGACUCAUCUAGAGGAGCAACAGCUCCCCAAAGCCUACAAGAUGACCACCGGACGCGAUGCCGCGGCCGACGAGGCUCAACGAGUUGACACGACCCUGACAGCGCGAGACGCUUUCUUCUAUUACUGGAAAGCCGUGGGCUGGAGCGUCGCAAUCUCAAUGUCAACCAUCAUGGAAUCCUACGGCAUGCUGCUGAUGAACUCAUUCUUCGCGUUUCCCCAGUUUCAGCAGAAGUACGGUGUUGAACUGCCUAAUGGCAAAUACUCAAUCCCUGCGAAAUGGCAGUUGGCACUUACUAUUACUCUCAAUGUCGGGUUAAUCAUUGGCGUGUUUGCUAAUGGAUACUGCGCUGAUCGGUGGGGUUUGAGGAAAGUUAUGCUUAUUUCACAUGUGUUCUAUGCUGGAUGUGUGUUUAUUCUCUUCUUUGCCCCUAGUGUUGAACUACUUGUCGUCGGAACUCUUUUGAUUUCUAUUCCAUGCGGCUUUUUUGCUGCGGCGACUCCUUCGUAUGCGGCCGAAGUAGCACCUCUACAACUCAACGGCUACCUAACAGUCUACGUCAACCUCUGCUGGGUUAUGGGCAAGAUGAUAUCCUUUGGCGUCCUCACUUCGAUGCUUAAAUAUCCUACCGAGUGGUCGUACCGUAUCCCCUUCGCCAUCCAGUGGGGCUGGCCACCAUUCAUGAUUGUCGCUAUAUAUCUCGCCCCUGAAUCGCCUUGGUGGUUGGUCAGGAAGGGUCGCAUUGAACAAGCUGAGAAGAGCCUUCGACGUCUGUGUUGUGCACCUGACAGUGUUAUUGAUCCCAAUAAUACCAUUGCCAUGAUGAGCCGCACGAUUGAGACAGAGCACGACAUGAACAUCCAAGGGUCUUAUCUUGACUGUUUUAGAGGAGAGAAUCGACGCCGAACUGAGAUUGCGAUGGUCAGCUGGGGUUGCCAGAUCCUUCCGGGCUUUGCGAUUCAGAACUACAUCACGUACUUCUUCACACUUGCAGGUCUGUCCUCUGGCGACGCGUUCAAGUUAUCUCUGGGCAACGCCGGUCUUGCUUUCGUCGGUACAGUGUCUUCGUGGUUCAUGAUGACCCGAUUCGGCUGGAGGAGACUCUAUCUAGGCGGGCUCUGUGCUAUGCUGCCACUUAUGAGCUUGGUGGGCUUCCUUGAUCUUGCAACUGCCGACAAGAGCAAUAUCCGCUGGGCCCAAUCAGCUCUUUUGCUUGUGUGGUUCUUCUGUUACGGCAUCUCAAUUGGCCCCAUUCCCUAUGGUAUCGCAGCUAAUGUCGGGGCCUCUAACCUCCGAGUUAAGACAAUCUCACUAGGUAGAAACACCUACUACUUUCUGUCCAUCAUCAAUGUCAUUGUCGCGCCCUACUUGCUCAAUCCACAGGAGGCGAAUCUUCAAGGAAAGGCUGCUUUUCCUGCGGCAGGACUCACUAUUCUGCUCCUUGUUUGGACUUACUUUAGGUUACCUGAGGUAAAGGGGAUGACGACUGAAACUCUCAAUCAUCUGUUCUAUAACAAGGUUUCAGCUAGAAAGUUUCUGGAGGCUUCAAAGCAGUACCAGUAA